AUGAAGUUCAGGAAUGGGCCGAUAAGAAUGGCCCACACCGGCAUCUCCCCCCGCCUCACAACCCCACUGCUGCUGGGCGGUGAACGAGCUGCUUCAACAACAGCUGAGACGGGAAACCCGCUCCUUCAACGUGUGGACACAUCCCAGGAGCUGACGCCAUUUCCAAAUUUUUGUUCCAUUCGUUAUGGAAUUGCUCUCUUACUGCUCCUCUGUAAUGUUAUAGUAAUGUCACAGCGUGUGUGUAUGAGCCUCACAAUGAUAGCCAUGGUGAACAGCACAGAGCCACAUGGUUUGUCCAACACCUCCACAAAGGAGCCACAGGAUAACAUAAAGAACCCUGUGUAUAACUGGAGCACUGAAAUCCAGGGAAUCAUGUUAAGUUCCAUCUUCUACGGUAUUCUCAUCAGCCAAAUUCCUGCUGGAUAUUUAUCUGGAAUAUACUCCUUAAAGAAAAUGGUUGGUUCUGCAUUGUUCCUCAGCUCUCUGUUUACUCUGCUCAUCCCACUGGCAGCUGAAUUCGGAGAAGCUUUGGUCAUCAUAUGCCGAGUAAUCCAGGGACUAUUCCAGGGGAUAGCAUUAACAACUCAGCAAGUAGUAUGGAUCAAGUGGGCUCCUCCCUUGGAACAAGUCCGACUUACCUCUCUGAGUUUAUCAGGACUUCUGCUAGGACCCUGUGUUGUCCUACUUAUAACAGGAUUCAUCUGUGACUCCCUGGGAUGGCCUAUGGUCUUUUAUAUUUUUGGUGCUUGUGGUUGUGCCUUAAGUCUUCUCUGGUUCGUUCUGUUUUAUGAGGACCCAAAGGACCACCCGUGUAUAAGCAAAAGUGAGAAGGAAUACAUCACGUCCGCCCUCGCCCAGCAGGUCAGUUCAAGUGCACCAUCUCUGCCCAUCAAGGCUGUGCUUAAGUCUCCUCCACUCUGGGUCAUUUCCCUCUGUAAUUUUGCUUUUUUCUGGGCAAAUAGCUUCCUGAGUCUGUAUACACCAAUGUUUAUCAACUCCAAGUUUCAUAUUAAUGUAAAAGAGAAUGGGCUGCUGUCUUCCCUCCCCCAUUUGUUUGCCUGGAUUUUUGCUAUCCUAGCAGGUCAUAUGGCAGACGUCUUCCUGUCCAGGAAUAUUCUCAGCCUACUCACCAUCCGGAAACUCUUCACCUUGCUAGGACUUCUCCUGCCCGCCCUCUUCAGCCUGUGCCUGCUUUACCUGAGUUCCAGCUUCCAUGGCACUAUGAUUUUCCUGAUACUUGCUAAUGCAACAGGAAGCUUUUGUAUGGGUGGAAUAUUAAUAAAUGUCUUGGAUAUUGCUCCCAGAUAUUAUGGAUUUCUUAAAGGAUUUACAAAUGUAAUUGGACUAACAGGAGGACUAGUUGCUUCCACUGUGACUGGAGUGAUCCUUAGUCAGGAUCAAGACUCUCCCUGGCUUAAAAUCUUCUUCAUGAUGGUAGCCAAUAAUGUGAUAAGCCUAAUCUUCUACCUUAUAUUUGCUAAAGCAGAAAUUCAAGACUGGGCUAAAGAAACACAAAACACUUAUCUCUGA